AUGGAUAUUGGCAACCAGACUCUAGUUACUCAGUUUGUUUUUCUGGGUUUCUCCACCAUCACACAUGGCCGGAUCUACCUCAUCCUGCUGUUCCUCGCCAUCUAUUUGGUCACCAUUCUGGGUAACUUCAUGAUCAUCACCCUCAUCCUGGUGGAUUCCCACCUUCACAGUCCCAUGUAUUUUUUCCUCAGCCACUUAUCCUGCUUGGAUGUCUGCUACUCAACAGUCACAGUCCCCAAGAUCCUUUCAAAUCUCCUUCUCCAAAGGCACACCAUUUCCUACAACCAUUGUUUUGCCCAGAUGUUCUUCCUGGUGGCCUUCUCUGGCUCAGAAUGCUGGUUGCUGGCCAUCAUGGCGUAUGACCGCUAUGCUGCCAUCUGUCAACCGUUGCGCUAUUCUCACAUCAUGAGUCCACAUGUUUGCAUGCAAGCGGCUAUUUUCAUCUGGAUCUGGGGCUUCCUGGAUUCAGCAGUGCAUACAGCCUUGGCCUCCAAGUUACAUUUCUGUGGAAAUAAUCAGAUCCAUCACAUCUUUUGUGACCUCCCACCACUGCUGAAAAUUGCCUGUGGUGACAUAUAUGCCAACCAGAUAACAAUUCAUAUAGCCACUGUAUUUGUGGGAUUGGGUCCCUUCCUUUUUGUUGUCAUCUCAUACUUCUACAUCCUUGCAUCCAUCCUGCGCAUCUGCUCCAACUCCGGGAGGCACAAAGCUUUUUCCACUUGCAUUUCUCAUGUGGUGGUGGUCACCCUUUAUUUUGGAAAUGGAUCAGUUAACUACAACCAGCCCAGUGCUGGCUACUCCCUGGAGACGGACACCCUGAUCUCCACAAUGUAUUGCAUCAUCACCCCCAUGCUGAACCCCCUGAUCUACAGCCUCCGCAACAAGGAGGUGAAGGAGGCUCUGCGGAAGAUCCUGGAAAGCCACAGGAGAAUAUAG